AUGGUAAAUACUCAAAAUGAUCAUCUGGUCUCUGAAACUGAGAGUGGGAGAAGUAGCGUACUUUUUGAGAGAUCCCACACAGAUCGGUAAAAGUAGGAAGAAAAACAAAUAGAGAUUAAAGAUAAUGAUAGUUUCGAAUUUGAUGGGUAAAGAUUUAUAGUGGAACUCGAAGAUACCUUCUGCUCUAGUUCCUCUCCUGUUAAUCACAAACAGGUGUAUUAGCAAUAAGAAACUAAAUCCAUGCCUAGAACUGAUAACUAUUUCUCACCUGCAAUUGAUAACUCUGAAUCUAAAAAAGGAUUUGAAAGUAGGCAGAGUUUGAUUGAUAUUAAUUUGGAAUACCAUGAUAUUCAGAUAUUCUCUGCUUCCUAAUAGAUUAAUUAUGAUGCUUCUUUGAAAAUGGAACCAAUAAGAAUGUUGAACUUCACUAAUUAAGAAAUUUAAGUGGAUGAUGCUGAAAUAAAGAGGGAUAUGGAGUAAUUGAAAAAAUAAUAAGAAGAAGAAAAGGUAGAAAAAAAGAAGGAUGAGGAAAUUUAGAAACCUUAAGAAGUCAAAUAGGAAUCUUAAGAAGAAGACCUAAAUAGAUUCUAUGAAGAGUUGCAAAGAAAAUUGGCAUUAGAACUGGAGUUAGAGUUAAUGGAUGAUGAGGAAAGAGAGCAAAUGGAAAAAUAAGAGGAAGAAAGAAUGAAAAAGUAAGAAGAGGAGAGAAAGCUUCAACAUAAUGAACCAGUAUAAGAAUAGUAUCAGCACAGUCACUCAGCUUAAAAUCAUCAUAAAGUUAAGAGUGAAAUGCUUGGUGCGAAUGUACAUAAUAACCUUAUGAAAUCUUAGGAUUUUACUUCUAGUAAAAAUUCUGCUAACAAUAUAAAUAUGGACAUUUUAAGCAGAGAUUCGAUGGCGUAAUCAAUUUAAUCAGCAGAAAAUCCUAAAUUUAGAAGAUUUUUAUCGAUGGGAGAGUCAAAGGAAUUUAGAUAUGAUAGGUUUGCAAGGCUUCAACAGGUUAAUUCUGAGAAGCAAUAAUUGAUAGAAUAAUUGAAUCAAGCUAAAUAGCAACUCGAAUCAUAUGGUUCGUAUUACAUAGGCAAUAAUGGAGAUAGAAGUAUCGCUGAUGCCCCUUUACAUUUGGCAUUUCUAUUUGCUUCACCUUUAGUAAUGAGAGGUCAAGGUGCUAAAGGAGAAAGCCAAGAUAAUUUUAGCAUCAUUCCACUAAUUGAAUUUGUGAAGGAAUUUAAAGAGAUCAGAAAUAGCAUCAAGGAAACAAAGAGGCUGAUUAGAUUAAGAGCAAAGCAAGCAACUAUUGAAAAUUUAAGUUUAAUAUUAGCACAAAACCCAUUAGCUCUGCACUUCUCCGGACAUGGAAUAGAAAAUAAUAAAGAAAACUUUGGAAGGAGAUUCAAAUAAAGACAGGCUGAUGGUAAUUACCUUUUAUUUGAAACAGAAGAUGGAGAGGGAGAGCUAGUAUCAGAGAAGACUUUAUCAGAAUUUAUUCACAGUAGCAACACUAAAUUGGAAUUCGUGUUUGUAGCAUCAUGUUAUUCAGAGUUCGCUGGCAAGAUUUUUUUGAAUGCUGGAGCAAAGCAUGUUAUUUGUGUAAAAUCUGGAUAAUAAAUUGCAGAUUUGGCAGUUAUUACAUUUUCAAAGUCAUUCUAUCACUCUGUUUUCAGUCAAACAAUGACUAUAUGCGAUGCAUUCAAUAUGGCUCAGAAAUAAGUUCAAGUGAAAUAUGGAACAGGGGAAUCAAAUAAAUUUAGCAUUCUAAUAAAUGAAGAAUCACACUCUCCAGAUCAUAGAGAUAAAGCUAAAGUUAAUUAAAGUGGAACAUACAAAUCGAUGAAAUCAAAUGACAGUGAUGGCCAUAGAUGUAAAAUAUUUGGAACACUUAAGUAAGGAGAUCUAGAGUGGCUAGAUCCAAAGCCAAGAUUCAAAGAUUACCCAGCCAAAGUUGACAAUUUUAUCGGCAGGUAGAAAGAAAUGUAUGAGAUAAUCCACAAUAUCUAUAAUCACAGACUUGUUACAAUGAUUGGAUUACCAGGUAUUGGUAAAACUUCCAUCAGUAAAAAUGCUGUACAUUAUAUUAUCGAAAGAAAAAUAUUCAAAUAAGGAGUCAUCUUCAUGCAACUUAAAGGAUAUCUGAGCUUUGAACUCUUUAUGAAAAAAUUGGUAGUCAAUUUUGUGCUCUAAAAUUUUGAAUUAGACUCAGACCAAGCAAAAGAAAUUCAAAACUCAAACAUUGAACAGUUGCUAUAGAUUUCUCUACAUUUCUUAAAAGAAUAAGAAGAAAAUCUUCUCUUGGUUUUUGACAAUGUUGAAGAUCUCUUAACACAUGAUAAACAAGCCUUUAGAAUCUUUAUUAAUGAUCUAUUAAUGCAGAUUCCAAACCUUCAUAUUUUAAUGACAAGCAGAAAGACUCUUGGAACACUCCAAGACGUGUCAGAAAAAAUUUUAGUCUUAUAAGAAUUAAGCCCUGUUUACACUGUGGACUUGUUUGUUUCCAGAUCAAGAGAGCUAAAGGAUUCAGAAAUAAAAGAGCUACUAGAGUACGAGCCUGAAACUUACCUAUUGGUCAGUGAUAAGAGCUAUCAAAGAUAUCAAAAGGUUAAGAAAUUAGAAGAUCACCAUUUAUUUAAGAUAUUUGGAGGAAAUCCUCAUGCAAUUACAUUAGCCGCUCCUCUAUUGAUAAGAAUGUCCUUGAAAGAACUUUAUCUUUUAUUGAAUUCAAAGUAGAUGUUCGAUACCCUGAAAGUUGAAGGUAUAGAGGAUUCAACGGUUGCAUCUCUUCGUGUGUCACUCGAAGCAUCAAUCACAGUUCUAUAGAGAGAAGAUCCCUCAGCCUAUAAUUUCUUCUUUUUGAUAGGCAUGCUUCCAGGUGGUAUUGAAGAGGAUGAACUAGUUGAACUAUGGGGACCAGAUUACAGUAAACACAUAGAAAUCCUACUUAAUUUUAGUCUAAUUCAGAGAAAAGAUCAUAAGAAUGAUUCUAAAAGGACCAUCAGUCUACCACCUUUUAUGAGUAAUUACGCAGAUGCUAAAAUAUCUUAAGACAAUAAAGUAAUGUUCUAGAAUGAUUUAUGUCAUUAUUACGCUAAUAUCUGUAAAAAGAUUCUUGAUAAUAACUCACGAUCUUAUAAGAAGCAAGUUCGAUAAUCUGAGCUCAAUCAUUAAGUAAUGGAGAAAUUAUUAAAGCAUGAGACUAAUAUAUAUGCUUGCAUUUAUAGAAUGGUCGAUUAAAAACCAGAGGAGAUCUAAUAAUACAAAGAGAAUAACUAAAACUUUUAAUAAUAAAAUAGUCAAAGACUAAGAAGAAUAUCUACCCUUUUCUAAUUGGAAGCUAUUGAUUUCAAAAAAUCUCAAACUGUAAUUGAAACCACUGAGGAAGUAAACGAAGAUGAUGAGCUAUCUGCUUUAUAUCAAAGCAAAGGGAAACCUCGAAUCAACGAGGUUAAUAUCGUGGAUUAAAGUGAGUAUAAGCCCUUUUAGAAUAUAAUUUCCCAAACCCCUAAAUAAGAGCAGUAAAAAUCUUUCUUAUUUUCUUCAUCUGAAAAUGAGCAAAAGAGUCAAUCUCUUUUAAGCCCUACUCCUCUUGUAGAAGAAGCAAGUAAUGAGUCCGAUUCAGAUAUGCUAAGUAGUGAAGGUUAACAUGAAUCUAAAGCUAGUCCCACCUAGAAAAAGAGUUAUCUAUAGAUUGAAACUAUUACUACAGAAAAUGAAAUGGAUGUGAAGACUUAGAAGUAGCUUAAUGACAUAUUAAGAGUGUCAAAUGGUCUAUUUCAAAAGUUCUCUUAAAACGUGGGCCAGCCUCAUUUACUUCAAAUGAUUAAGUCCCCUGAUGUAGAAAGAAAGACUUUCUUUAGAAGACAAACACUUGGAAAGAAUGAUCAUAUCCCUAGCUUGCUUUUGAGAUAAAAUUUAAAUUAAAAGAAAACUAAGGUUAAGAUAGAUGAGUUGCAUGCUGCUGAGUAACUUAUCAUAUACUACGCUAUGAAUUUGUUUCUACUACAUGAAAAUGAGAAUGCUAUUCACAUGAUGACUGAACUUGCCUUGAAAGCUAUGGGCAGUUAACUUUAUGAAGCAAACAUUUACAGAAUCCUAGGUUUAAUAUAUCUCAACAAAAAUGACGUUGAAAAGUGCUUAGAGUCCUUCAAAAAGUCUAAGAAAUCAUUCCAAGCUGCCAAUUCCAAGUAUGGAAUUGGCCUAACUAAAUUUUCAAUUGGCUAUGUCUACAGAAGCAAGUAGGCUGAAUUCAUAACAAAACUAGGUGAUGAAUAAACUAUCAGACUUGCAAAGGCUAACUUCGAUAGUGCUCUGAAUAUUUUUGAAGAUCUCAAUCAUAUUAUGGGCUAAGCAUUAUGUCAUGGUCAAUUAUCACACGUAGACAAAUAUCUCUCAAAUAAGAUGGCUUCAAAUGAACAUGCCUAGCAUCACAAAAGACUCAUGCAAGUAUAUACUAAGUAUCCAAAUAAAAAGGAUUGUCCAUUUGUUGCGAGAGUACAUGGAAACGAUAUUUCUCUCAUGAGUGAAAUAGUCUACGAUAACGAAACAAGAAACAUGUUCCCUUCAUCUGGAGCUACAUUCCCAUUGAAAGGUAGAAAGAUUUUAAAGUCUUAGUUCAGCGAUUUAGACAUCCCAGAUAAUCUAUCUACAAUUUAGCAUCACAGCUCAGUUUAAAUGCCUGUGAACGAGGAAAUAGCUUCACUAACACUAAAGAAUCAAGGUAGUAUGUUUAAUGUAGGCUGUGAGUACUCUCCUUUAAACAAUCAUUCACCUCAUCUUCAUCGCUAUGAUACUAAAGACAUCAACCUUAUCUCAGACUAUUCCUCAUCUUUUAAUGAGUAGGUGAAUAUGCAAUCAACCCAAAUCAAUAUCAAUAACAACAAUCUUUCACCAUCUACUCCUAUUCUGUCAACAGAUGCAACUAGUAUUGAUUCUACAGUAGUCAUGAAUUUCGAUCCGAAUGUGAUGAAUAAACAAAAGUCCACAUAGCUUCAAAACAAGCUAAUUAAAAUGGUUUCAAAUUUGGAAGUCGUAGUUGAAGAAGAUGAAUCUUAGAGACCUUCACUUGUUAUCUCAGUUGGAUCAACAAAACAAAGCCAGUAAUUUGAGAAAUAGCUUCAUGAGAAAAAUAAUAUAUUAGAACGAAAGAAAUCUUAUGAAAAGACAAAAGACACAUCUCUCUUAGGAAUAGAUGAGAAAGACAAGAUGAGUAGCAGACUCAACAAGAGCGCUAAUAAAAUCAAGCCAAUUAUUCCUAAAUAAUAACUAUUAUCUUCAGUACUUGCUAACAGGAAAAAGUUAUGA